CAUUGUGUAUAUCGUUGUGUUUCACUGAUAGAUAUUGGGGCCCCUCGUUUUUAAAUAUAAUGUCAACUGCAUCUAUACUUUCGACCAAGUUGAAUGUUUAACCAUGCAGUACAUACCGAAUGUGUGCUUAGCUACGGUCAUAACGGUGCAAUACGUUCUGCUAUAUGGACUGUACGAGUAUAUACGUGAAGUGGAUAUCAAGUGCUCGACAUUGGAGGCAGCGGUGAGUCAUCGAUCUCGCAGGGAUGUGAAUAUCGCUGAAAAUUCAGUGUCGUCUAAAAAUGAAGGUGAAGGAGAAAAAGUGGAAUUUAUCAAUCCGAAUUUCCGGCCUAUCGUAGAAAAAGAAAUAAACUCUAAAAACGAACAACCGAACAGUACUAAAGAGGAAUGGUACUGGCUCAACGCUUACUCGAGAAUACCUGUAGCUGCCUUACAAGGUUUUUGCGCAUCUACAAGAGACUAUUGUCCUCCAGGAAAAGAAGGGCCUAUUGGUCCUCGAGGGGAACCUGGUCCGAAAGGAGUGCCGGGAACUAAAGGAGACGAAGGUCUGAAAGGCCCAAUAGGUGAUGAUGGUCCACAAGGUCCAACAGGAAUACCAGGGCCGGUGGGUCCAAAAGGACAAAAAGGAGAUACUGGUAAAACAGGGAAUUCUGGUUUGGACGGGCGUGAUGGAAUUCCAGGAGAACCUGGAUUAGAUGGAGUACCUGGAAAAAACGGUCUGGAUGGUAUACCUGGAACUAAUGGAGCUCCAGGAAAGGAUGCAACUUGUUUUAAUGGCACUGAUGGAAAGCCUGGUGAAAUAGGACCAAUGGGACCUCCAGGUCCGAUAGGACCAAAAGGAUUAACUGGACCAAAAGGCAGACCAGGAAAACCAGGAGUUGAUGGUACCCCUGGUAAACCAGGAUUAAGUGCUUUUAAUUAUACAGUGAAUGGAAUUCCUACUACAGAUUUUCUGACAGCGCCUAGUAUAAUUGGACAGUCCGAAUUAAAGAAUAUAACUGUAAAAGAGGGUGAUAAUGUAAGGUUACGGUGUGUAGCUACAGGAUCUCCUAAGCCUACAAUUGUAUGGCAAAAACUUGAUACUUCAACCGUUCCAAUGGGAUCAUGGAGAGAGGAAGUAGUCACUGGUAAUGUUAUAAAUAUUACAAAAGUCAAUAGACUCCAUAUGGGCCGUUAUAAAUGUAUUGCUGAUAAUGGCGUACCUCCAUCUGCAGUCCAAUAUUACUCAAUUGAAACACACUUCCCUCCGCUCAUAUCUGUGUUAAAUCAAAAUGUAGCUACAGCAGUCAAUCGUUCAGUAUCAUUUGAAUGUGAAAUAGAAGCUUUUCCAUAUGCAAUUCAUUAUUGGGAAAGAGAUGGAGAAGUUUUAGAAAAUAGUGAUAAAUAUAGUAUCACUCAAAUAGAUAUAAAUAAUUAUAAAUUUAUAACACAAUUAAAUAUAUCGGCUAUUAAUGAUUCGGAUAACGGUACAUAUUACUGUGUGAGUAAAAAUGAAGAAGGAAUCGUACCUGGAAAUAUCACAUUAUUCAUUGUUGAUCCAACUUUGGUCACACCCCCACCUUAUGUUGACCCUAAUAAUAAAAUCAAGUUCGGUAAAGUACCCCAGGAACUAAUUGAUAUAGAUGAUAUUUGCCCACCUAUAACAAUUUGUCCUACUUGUCCCGCAAAAUCAAAAGAAACCAAAGAAUGUAAGGAAGAAUUUACAAUUGAUGAUUUGUUAGGUCAUCAACCAUUAUCUGUACAACAAUUACACAGAGUAACCACUAAAGGCCACGCAAAUAGAACUUUGGAUUGUCAAGUAUAUGCUGUGGGAAAACCGGUCUUCCAUAAAAAUGUAUUAAAUGCUGCUUUUGGAUCUUGGAUGAAAGAUCCAGCUCCACGCUUAUCUAACGAAACAAUUUGGGCGACAGUAAAUGAAUCAAAAACUCUUUUAGAGUUUUCCAAUAAAUCUAUGUUUAAAUCAAAUACCAUAACCAGAACACAUACCUUGACGAUACCUUACCACGGAAACAGCCAUGCAAUGUACAAAGGUUAUUUUUAUUUUCAAGAAAAAGACAAGCCAUUGAUUCAAAAGUAUGAUGUUCAAGAAAAUAAGUACUCAAAUAUGACGGUCCCAUAUUUGAACGUUACUAAUCCCAAAACUCGUUUAUAUACAACCAAGAUGAAUUAUGUAGAUUUAGCUGUCGAAGAAAAUGGAUUAUGGAUCAUUUAUGGUUUGGAAGAUUCAAACAAUACAGCUGUCUUACAUGUAGAUCCUAAUUCAUUAGAAAUUGAGUAUGCAUGGAAUAUAAGCAUCAAACACGACCGAGCAGGAGAUAUGUUCAUUGUUUGUGGUGUGUUGUAUGCAGUUCAUAGUGUAACUGAAAGGAACACAACCAUCAGAUUUGCAUUGGAUUUAUACAAAAACGUUCGUUUAAAUGAUAUUGGUUUAUCAUUUACAAAUCCAUUUGCGCAUACUACAUUGAUUCAAUACAAUCAUCAAAGUAAAGAGUUAUUUACUUGGGAUCAAGGAAAUUUAUUAACGUAUCCAAUUAGAUAUAACGCUAUGAGUUAUAACAGUACUAACAGAGAAUCAGAAAAUGAAAUGAAUAGUCAACGUAGUAGUGCAGAAGUGGUUAAAAAUCCAUAGAGUUAAGUACUCGAUAAAAUUGAACAUCAUGAAUUUGAACGCGAGAUAAAUGCAACUAAUACAACUUUUUUCUUUGUUUUUAAAAGUUUUAUAUUCAAUCUGUUACAAUAUAAAACAAUAAGAACAAUCGGAAGAUGGAAUUAAAUUGAUAAGUAAAUAAAAUAAAAAUAAAUGAUAGAAUAGACAGAGUACCGUCUCUAGUGGAGAUAUUACGCCAUGAUAAAAUUAGUUAGAUUAGCACAGUGGUUUUCAACCUUUUUCAGAUCGUAACCCCCCCCCCUCAUUUUUUAUUUUUUGUAUAAUGCUACUCCUUCAA